UACUACGCUCUCAUACCUAAAUUGUGUGUCUCUCAGUCAGAUUAAACAAAAGAAAAGACGAAACAUCGCUAAAUAUUUAAGAAAUUAUUGAAAAAAAAUCCAAAAAAUUUGGUUUACAUAGAGCAAAAAGACCAUGUAUCAGGAAUAUUUAAAUCAAUUACAACACACCAUAAACCCCUUAUCCACAGAUGAACUGAAAGAUCUACUUAACAAUGAUGAAAAACUCGAUGAAAAGAUUGACGCAGUUUUGGAAAUUUUAAAGGCCCAAAAAGACAGUCUAUUCACAGAAAAUCGUUCCAAAGCGGAGCGUAACAUAGAAAAGGAACCACUUAUAAUUGAAUUAAAGGGAAAAGUUGCUGAACUCAAUGACGAAGGCAAGCAAUGCUGUGAAGCGGUACAGGAAAAAUUGGCCCUUAUUAAGGAGAAAUCGGGUGGAGUAAGUCAAGAAACUGCUUUAGCUCUGCUGCAGACAGCAGCCGCUGAAAGUGAAGAGAACUCUGAGGCUAUAGUUAAAAAAUUCACAGACAACGAAAUCACUGUAGAAGCCUUUCUGGAAGAAUUCUUGCCUGCACGCAAGAUUAUGCAUUUACGCAAACUAAAGGCUGAAAAAAUGCAAGAACUAAUGAGACGUCAGGCUCAUUCUGGGCCAAAUCCAGCACCACGGAAUAUGCCUGGUAUUGGACCAGCCUAUAGCAACAUACCCUCAAGUGGUUUCUAUCCGGCACCACGUCCACCUUACGGCAGCGGUAGUGGUGUACCAUAUCCUAUGGGACCCAUGAUGCCGAUGCCACCACCACGCCCUUAUUAACUGCCAACAAUUUAAAUACUUUUUGUUGACCUCAUGAUAAAUAAGCGUACAAAUCAUUAGAUGUUUUGUUUGCAAUUUGUAAUCAAAAUGCCCAAGUCGAAGAUGUUAAUGUGAUGGCAAAUCUCUUUUUUUCUAAAUUUCAAUGGAAAUUCAGUUAAUCUAUUUACUAAAUAUACGAGUCGAUGAGACACCACUACUUACAGGACAGUUCUAUUUUUUCUUUGGUUUCGUAAAUUUUUCUAUCUCCUAUAAAAAGUUAUUUUAAACAAAUAUGAUUUAUUUUAUUUACACUACUCUUAAAUAUAUGUAUAUUAAAGUUAAUCGUUUGUUAUCGAAUUAAGUAUUUUAAAAUAAUAAAAAAACGUAGCGUUUAAAAUUAAAAAAA